AUGGCAGAACAAGAAUGGAUAACACAACAAUGUCAAGAAAUAGAACAUCUUGAUGCUAAACAUGACACGUUAAAUUUGCACAAGCACAUCAUAAGGGAAGCGGCCGAAUUAUUUAAUAAAAAACAAGCAGGAAUCCUUGUGGACAACCAAGGCAAAAUUAAACCUGAUACUAAAGAAAAAUUACCAAAAUGGUGUAACUACAUUAAAAAUCUUUUUAGCGAUAAUCGGUCCGAACAUCCGGAGAAAUUCUCAAACCAAGGCAUAGAUAUUACAAAAGAAGAAGUUCAGCACGCAAUAUCUUUGGAUAAAACCAGAAAAGCGAGUUAUAGAUCCAUUUCUGGUUUAUAUGCCCUGGAUAAACCAAACUCUAUAGUUAUCCUGAAAAUUAAAGUCAUUUUGACUGCUCUCAAAGACUCAAAAUGCAAUUUUAGUGAAACUCUUCAUUUUGCCAAAGUGGAAAAUUCAAACAUGAAGAAAUUUGGAAAUCAACCUCCAAUAACUGAAUUAAUUGAAAAUACCGUCUCACACAUUACAAAGUUUUCCUGGAAAACUAGUGAACGGAAAAAUUUGAAACUUUUUGCAUGUGGAGAGGAAGAUGAAACAUUGUCAGAAAAAGAUUUGCAGUCUGCUAAUGAAAAUAAUCUAGAGGACUCUAAGAUUAGGGAAUUGGACAUCUUGCCUAAGGGUAAAGUGCCACAAUUGAUUCAUAACGAAUGUGAAUCACUAGUUUUUGUUUCUGAUAGUUCCAAGGGUGUGGAAAAACCUAGUCAGUUUGUAGAUACUGAUAUUGAUAAUAAUUCUGGCGAUUUUCCUGAAUUUUUGAGAAAGUCUAAAAGAGAAAUUAAAAUUCCCCAACGGUUAAAUUAA